CUUCUCUGAGAAGUACAAGAUGAAAUACUUCAAAUUAGAUUUACAGACGCAGGUGUUAUCCAGUUACUUAAGGCUCGCAGGACUUUUUUCCCCCCAUCAUUUUCAAUCGCAUCUAAAAACCAAAUAAUUUUGUUUUAUAUGAUUAAUGCUACUUGGUCCUGUUAGAAGAUUUUUUUUUUAUUUAGACUCACCGUUUUAAAGUCACAUUGAAGAAGACACGUGUGUCAGGAGACACGUUUUCAGAUCUACGUUGAAUCUGCUCGACACAAUUUAAUCAUGUGUUGCCUUUAGUGGUUAUGCCACUUUGUUGAAUUUGACAGGGCUCAUAUUUCUACAUUUUCAUAAGUAUCAAAGGCGAGCACUAUGUCGGAUGUUGAUUUUGCUGCUGAGUGUUUGGUUGCCAUAUCAAACCGUGCGGUCACGCGUUGUCCUGAAAGGGUCUCGGCCGAGGAUGUUUCAAUGGAGAACCGCGAGGAAGGGACCUUACUCAUGGUUGCAAUGAUUUUGCUUGACUUGAAAAGGUGUAGUCCGUCCACGUGUACUAACGGUAUUACAAAAUAUCUGUGUGAAGACGCUACGGGGGAACAGAAUCGUGAAAAUGGAAACAAUAUCAGGGGGAAGAUCCGGGAUCUUGAGAGGGUAAAGCCGAAUCCGAUGACUCCAGGUCGGACUUCGGACAGAAAAUCUGAGGAAUUUUCAUUUAACCCCUCCGACAAAGUACAUCGCUGCCACUUCACCGGUUGUGAGAAAGUCUACGGCAAAUCAUCUCAUCUCAAAGCCCAUUUCAGAGUUCACACCGGAGAGAGGCCCUUCCAGUGCAGCUGGCCUGACUGCACCAAGAAGUUCUCCCGUUCCGACGAGCUGACGCGACACUACCGCACCCACACGGGAGAGAAGCGCUUCACCUGCCCGCUCUGUGACAAGUGCUUCAUGAGGAGCGACCACCUGACUAAGCACGCCCGUCGGCAUGUCGACUUCCACCCCAGCAUGAUCAGGAAGUCGUCUGGUUGGGGGAGAAAGCACUCCUUGUCACCCGCGUCCUCCGCUAAGGUGGUGGGCCAGGAUUCCGCCGCUGUUUGAAUCUUUCGCCGCCCAGACGGAUCUGGUUCUGCAGUAGAGCACAAGGAUCAAUGUAUUAGACAACUGCAAAAGCUCAGCGUUUUUGUCACGAUUACAGGAAAAUCUGUUAUUUAGAGCCAUAGUUGAGUGUUACAUUGUCACUGGUUAUGUGUUACUACCAUACUUCUUUCAGCUUGGAACACCGUUGCAUUCAUACAGUAAUUAUGACAUUUUUAUAAUGCUUAGAUGUGCCAUAUUUUUCUGUCUUAUAAAUAAUAUGUACAGCAGCACACUAUGAUCAGAAAGACUAGACGUGCAGAUAAGUUCGGGGCCUUCUGGGAUUUUGCACUUUAUUCAUAUCAUUCUGUGGUACAAACUCAUCGGGGAACUUCUUUUAUACCAUUUCUUGUACUUUUUUCACUUAUCAUUUGAGUUUUUUAUGGUUUUGAAAGGGUUAAGGCUGUAGCAGUGCCACUGUUGCAUAAUGAUUAAAACUUUUGAAUGUUGCUACGGUUUAUAAACAGUACUUCGCUCAUUACUUGAUCUUUAUAUUGUACCUUUUAAAAAUAUGCUAAAUGUUUAAAGUACCACCGUGCAAGUCUUCUGUUGAAUUUUUAUUUUUCUGUUGUAAUACAGAAGGACUUUAAAGUCUAAUCACAUUAUAAUGUAUUACUUAUCAUGUAAAAUCAUCCAUGUCACUCAUUUUCAUUUGAUUCUAUACUGAUAGUGGACAAAGAAGUGGAAAAACAGGACCCCAAGGUUCAUAUGACAUGUUGAUUCUACAUAGUCAUCUUACAUGUAGCUGUCUUUCAAAUUUGGCUUUAAGGGAUAGCAUCAUUUUUGGAUGCAUAGAUUAUGGGUCAUAAAUGUGUGGUAUGUUCUAAUUCGGCUGGUGCUUCACUGGUAAAUGCUUGGGCAGUUAUACCAACAGCUGUCCGAAACAUAUUUUGACCCUUGAAAAAGGAGAAAAGACAAAAUUAUAGCCCAAAAAAUGUACCAUUAUGAUACAGGACACCGUAUAGACAGGGACGGAUUAUGGGUUGUGUGGGCCCCUGGGCAAAACGUUUGCGAGGGCCUCCCCCCCACCACCAGCACCACAACCACCACAAUUCAAGGGCCCUUGGCAGCCAAACGCCCUCUCUAUAGGCUCAGGGGCCCUUGUAGGCAGAGGAUCAAAGAAUGUAGGCCCUCUAAAAUAGACGAACGAAAAUACAUUGUUGAUAAGCGUUGCAAAUUGUUUUGGGCUAGGGGCCUCACGGGCCCCCUGCACCCCAAGGGCCCCUGGGCAGCGGCCCCGCUGGCCCGGUCCGUAAUCAGUCCCUGCGUAUAGAAACUAGUUUCAUCAAGCAUAACGGCAUUAUGUAUAUUGUUAUGGAUUAGUUCCUUGAGACAAGACAUUUCCAAAUCUCUCCCAGUGAUCAAACUUUAGUCAAUUACGGGAGUCUUAAGCAGUAAAGAAAUGAAUAAAACUUUACUUCUGUGUUAAAAAUUGGGUGUUUUGGUGGAAUUGCGUUUAUAAGAUUGAUGCACAAAUGAGUUACUUAACUUCCUUGGAACUUCUCACGUUCUUGAAUGUGCAUACACAGUGACGGGUGUUUGUUUUUUUCUUUUUUUUGUGCAUUAUGAGCAUUUAAACGUUAAUAUUAAAGCAUGUUAUCUGACCAUUAAAAUCACAUGCAUACUA